GGGUCAGCACUGAGGAAAGAUUUUAUGAGAAUCUCAGGCUGCUGACGCAUUCCCUCAGUCAUUAUCAUAGUGCACUAACUACUGGUGAUGAAUUCAAUGCCUCCUCACUCUCCAGUGGGCAUCAUCUCAGCUCCGAGCAGUGCAGCUCCCUCCACCUUGGGAGCUUCUGGCUCAUCGUCAUCAUCCUCGAGCAGUUGCUCUCAGGGUUUCCCGACUGC